CUCUACAAAAUUGUCCAAACUAUAUUAGUGUCAAUUUCGACAGUUGACAAAAAUAAAAUUUGUGGUUAGAGUCAAAGCAGAGCGAUUAAUAAGUGUUUUUUAACAACAGGAAAAAUCAAAGAAAAAUAUAGAAUCAGAAUAUCUUUAAUGUAUACACAAACGAUUAAAAUGCCUGUGCAAAAGGACUCGAAUAUUGUAAAAAUAGCUGUUGAAUUAACAGAUCAAGUGCCUCAGUUAAUAGAGUUUAAUCAGAAACAACCUUUAAUCGGAAUUAUUCAGGAACUUUGUAAUGGUUGGGAUAUUCCAGAUUUUGAAUCAUUCUCACUACAAUUUUCUGAUAAUAAUAACCAGAAUUAUAUUACAGAGAAAAACAGAAAUGAAGUUAAAAAUGGUAGUAUAUUACGUUUAGAAUAUUCACCUUCAAAAACUUCUAGUGACAUACUUGCUAAUUUAAAUAAUAAAAAUUCAGAAGAAAAAGUAAAUAGAGCACUAGAAAAACUUAGUAAAAUUAGUAAAGAUAUUACCUUUGCUUUAGAAUUUAUAAAUAAACAUGGAUUAUCACUGAUUAUUUCCCAGAUUGAAAUCGAAAAAUAUAAAGGUAGUACGUUAGCUUACUGCUUGCAAUCAUUUGUUGAAUUAAUGGAUCAUGGAAUUGUAUUUUGGGAUAUUCUUGAAGCACCAUUUAUAAACAAAGUUGCCAGCUAUAUAAAUAAUCAAGCAAUAGCCAUUGAUUCCAAUGUUAUCAAAUCAUCUUUAAGUAUUCUUGAAAAUAUUGUGUUAAAUUCAACUGGAAAAUGUAGUCAAGUAGAAAAAGAAAUAACGUUUCCAAAUUUAGUUAUGCACUUACAAAAUAUGAAUUCCCAAAUUCAACAAAAUGCAAUAGCACUUAUAAAUGCACUUUUUUUAAAAGCUGAUAUUGGAAAACGAAGAGCAGUUGCUGCUACACUACAGUCUAAACAAGUUAGAAAUGUUUUUCUAACAAAUGUUAUUCAAUCUACUGGUCAAGUAGGCACAGAAAUGGCUCAUCAACUAUAUGUUCUUCAGACUCUAAUGCUAAGUUUAUUGGAACAGCGAAUGAUAACCAAAAUGGAUAAUCAAGAUCAAGAUGCACAUGAUAAAAUUAAAGAAUUGCGAAGAAUUGCUUUUGAUACAGAAGGAAUAAACAGUAGUGAUAUUACAGCGAGAAAACAAGGACUAUUUGCAAAAGACUAUAAGAAAUUAGGAUUUAAAUGUGAUAUUAAUCCUGCUUUAGAUUUUACAGAAACUCCACCUGGAAUGCUAGCUCUCGACUGCAUGGUGUAUUUUGCUCGAAAUCAUAUAGAAAGUUAUACAAAAGUUGUGUUAGAAAAUUCUUGUCGUGCUGAUGAACAUGAAUGUCCAUUUGGGAGGACUAGUGUAGAACUUGUUAAACUACUAUGUGAAGUUUUAAGAAUUGGUGAAACACCCAGUGAACAAGGUCAAUCAUAUCAUCCAAUGUUCUUUACCCAUGAUCAUCCUUUUGAAGAGUUUUACUGUGCUUGUAUAGUUUUAUUAAACAAAACAUGGAAAGAAAUGAGAGCUACAACAGAAGAUUUUGUUAAAGUAUUCUCGGUAGUCCGUGAACAAAUAACACGAGCACUUCAGUCAAAACCAACAGGUUUGGAUAAAUUCAAAAACAAAUUGCAGCAACUGACUUAUUCUCACAUUACAAACUUAUGGCAGCAAGAAAGAACUAGCAGAGAAGAAUGGGAAUCCCAUGCUAGACCUAUUGUUGAAUUGAAAGAACAAAUAACUCCAGAUAUAAUAAUUCUAAUACAACAACAACGACUCGGAUUUUUGAUUGAAGGAUCAAGAUUUACUAAAUACAGUACAAGAGGACAAAGAAUUAAAGAUAAAUUUUGGUAUAUUCGUCUGUCAUUAAAUCAUAAGGUUUUUCAUUAUGGUGAUUGCGAUGAAAAAUCAGUGCCAAGUAUAGAUGAAUUGCCAACAAAACUAGCUGUUGUAGAAAUUCGUGGACUUUUAACUGGAAGAGAUUGUCCUCACAUGAAAGAUUUACAACGACGAAAAACUACUCAUAUAUUAGCUUUUUCUCUUAUUUUAGAUUCUGUGGAUAUUACAAGUUUAGAUUUUGUAGCUCCAGAUGAACAAGUUUUUGAUUAUUGGACAGAUGGUAUCAAUGCUUUACUUGGAAAUCGAAUGAAUAGUAAAGAAGCUGAUAAGGACUUGGAAACACUUUUAUCAAUGGACAUUAAACUUAGAUUACUGGAUGCUGAAGGAAUUGAUAUUCCGCAAAAUCCGCCACCUAUUCCUGAUCUACCUCUAAAUUAUGAUUUUUGCUAUGAUGUAUAAAAGAAUUAAAUUUGAAUCUUAAGCUAUUCUAAUAUU